CGGGAAGCUCCCCCUUGCUUGCCGCUGCCGAGCCGCGCCAAAAAGCGCCCCACUCAGAACGUCCAAGUUUCGACCCCACCGAGCGUAGAAAAAGUCCCAAAAGCUGCCCCGCGAUUUCGGGAUAGCAUCAACCAUCGGGCGCAGGACGACGACGACCACAACGAAGGCGCAAUUCUCGUUGCACAACCUCAGACAACCCUCAUUCAACUGGAUACUACGAAUCCAGAAAAAAAACCACAAUGUCCACCACCACCACCACCGCCCCCACAGGCCUCGACGCCCUCAACAACCUCAUCACCUCCACCCUCGACUUAAUCACCCGCCUCGAAACCGUCGUCGCAAACAUAACCGCCGAAAACCAACGUCCCUCCCCCUCCACCACUACCACCUCCUCAGAGGAACCAUCAAACCCCCACCCCGAAAUCAACCCCCUCUCCCUCGCCUCCGACUCCGCCACCCUCCUCCGCGCCCACGCCACCAAGCUCUCUCUCCUCAUCAUAAACGAGCCCUUCACGCCCUCAGCAAUCAUCUCCAUCCUGCGCCAACUCACCUCUGGCCCGCUCCCCGGUCUGGCCAGCGCCGCGCAGAUUUGCGUUGCUUCGCAAUGGACCAAGACGAUCAGCCAGGAUUUGGGGUAUCGGAUUUCGAGGGUUUUGAAAGGUACAAAAGGACUGGUUGCUAAAAUACCGGGGGAUGGGAAGGCGCUGAAGGAUGGGCCGGCAAGGGGUGGUGGGAGGGGAGGAAGUAUUGCGAACACGGGAACGUUGUGGGCGGCGUGUGAUGAGCUGGUGGGGUUUGCCAAGAGGGGGUUUGGGGGAAACUUGGUGAGGAAGGCGGAGGAGAUGAGGGAUACGGUGAAGGAUGUGAUGGAGGAGUUGAAGGAGUGGGGGGAGGAGACGGGGAGUGAUGAUGAUGAGGAUGAGGAUGAGGAUGAAGAGGAGGACGAAGACGAGGGGGGGGUGAAGGAGGUUACACAGUCACUGGAGGCGGCCAAGAUUGCGGAUACACAAGCUAUGCUUGACGAUCUGAUGAACUCGUCGAGUUACAUCCCGCGCGACGACCCGGACAAGAUCCGCGAGCGGCUGGAGAGCUGUCUGCGCCGGUUGAGGCUGGUGACGCUGCUGUACCAGGCCGUUGCGAAGCGCAGGUUCAAGAGCCUGCCGCAGACUGCGCCGCCGGCGGAGGAGGGUUCGGAUAUUCCGACGCGGUUGGACGAGAUCAUGGUUCUGCUGAAGAAGAUCCCCGAGAGGUUCGGUAGCCUGGCACUGGCGUUCUACGAGCUGGAUCCCGUCGAGAUCGACAAGUUGAUGGAUCAGUGCUUCUUUGACUGCUUUGCCGUGGCUGAGCUGCUCAUUAAGCCAUGGGAUGGGGAGAAGGAUGAGUUCUCGGAUUGGGUAGUCAAGUUCCAGGCGGAAGUUAAGAAGGCUUGAAAGCUUUUGAGGGAGGUUUUGUCCGGAAAGCAGAGGGAGGGAGCGUCUAUUUCAUGUACCACGGGAGUAAAACCACUAUAUACCCAAUUUCCAUUGCCAGUCAUAUGGCAGCCAACGAACUACCCAAACCAAAAAAAAAGCUGCGUCUCCGGCUUCAUAUCCUUCCCGGCAUUAUAGGUACGCUUGCGUGUCAUCUGCAUUCUAUCGUGUCUAGCCAACUUUCCACCUGUCAAGUCCCUUCCUUACUCUAUUAAGUCAUCUGGAAUAGUA